GAACUUGCUUGUUCAAAAUAAAAAAGUUUGAGAGCCACUGAACUCAACCAACCUCGAACCUCGAAGAAAAAUCAAAGAUGUCAGCAGAAAUUUUCUGAAAAUUUUCACACAACUUUUCGCAUUAAAUCGCAAUUUAUCACACCGCAGUGUUUUAAUUUAUUACAAAAAUAUCAACUUUAAAUAUUUCUUCGUCGUUUUGAAAGAAAUUCCAUUCGAAUUAAUAACUUUUCCAUCGAGAAUAAUCAAUUUUAAAAUUCUCCAUCAAUCCAUCGCAAUUAUAGGUUGUUCCCAAAAACACGAGAAGAUUGCUUAAUUUGGUAACGAGAACGACGACGACGCGGACGCGAAGACGACUAUCGAGACGUGCGUGAGAGAGAGAGACACGAGGAGGAGGUGUUGCUUGUAGUUAGAUUUGUUUAUUAACUUUUAAGAAUCUGGCAAUGGAUGUUGACGUUUCUAAGUCUCUGAAGCGAUGCCUAAGCGUGCCAAUUAUCAAUAACCAACUUCCAAAUCAACCAUCGUCGUCGUCUUCGUCGGCCACGAGUUCAAUCAACAACAACAAUCAAACCCCUAAGAAACAAAUUCUACCCAAACAGCAGUUUCCACAAUCAACUGAAAAGAUGACAUCGACGACAGCAACAUCCACUGUGCCACAGAUAUCGAAUCCAUCUUCCAGGGAAGUGUCUCCUGCACCAGUUUUCAACAUAUUCGCUCCAAGAGCACGUCGUUAUUCGGCGAGUUAUAGUCCUCUGGGAGUGGCGGCGGCAGCUGCUGCUGCAGCAGGUGGAGCAACGACUCCAGUGCCUAGGCUAACACCCCGAGUUUCUCAACUACGACAAGAGGAAUGUGCUGAUCUAAAUAGUCGAGAAGUCAACCACGAGCGUGAAGUACACAGUGCUAUACAAAUGUCCCAGAGCUGGGAAGAUCUGACUUUGGUGACAGAGAAUUGGUCUUGCAAAUCGGAUGAAAUGAGCAAUCCGCUACAAGUAAAUCUCCCAUCGGGGAUAUCAAGUUGCUCGAGUCCCAGUCCAACCAGUAAUAGAGCUGGAAUGCGACUUCCAUAUGGUCUAUCGCCCUCACCCACCCGCCGCACAUUUUCCACCAGACGCUCCAUGUCUCCCAUCGCAAUGCGCCCAAGCCAGCUGGGACCAGUUAAGCGAAAGUUCGAAUUGGACGACACAAGUAAUUGGAAUAUCUAUUCACCUCCACCAUUAAAAAAGAUUUUCACAGAGAGUCGUGGCUCGUCUCCAAUAUGCCAAUCACCAUCUUCCGUUUGUCCCAGUCCAGAUUCCGGGACCUAUGACGGUCGGAUUACACCAAAGCUUUUCAUUUCGAAACUCUGCACCAAUAACUCCACCAAUUCGACAUCGUGCUCUUCUCCAAUGGGCACUUCGUCGUCAUCGUCGUCUGGUAUUGAUGCAGGAAUCGAUAUGCAGUCAAAUGGUUCGGUGUCCAGUCCCGCCACAAACACUUGUUCCUCAAGUGAAAGUGAACCCAUGUGUAUCACACCCUUCGAGAGUGUGUCUGAGGAAACUAAUUCAGCAGUUGAUGUGAAGAAAGUCGUUGACAACGAUGAUGCAACUCUCAUGGAUGACAUCAAGAGCGAAACAUCUUCGACAAGUGGAGAUUCGUGUGUCUCCAGUUCGGGUGGUGCAGAAAUCCCAAAGCCAAAUUUUCUGAACAAAAUCCCAACAAGUCUUGGAUUUGGCUCGGCGUCAAAUAAUAAUCCUGUCGCAAGUAAAGCUGCAGGCCAAAUGCAAAUGAACGACGUCUCAUCAUCGACAACUUCAAUAAUUCAACAAAGUAAUACAGGCAGUAUUAUUUAAAUAUGUACACCGCAUAAAAACGCAGAGGUUAUGUAUAUAAGUUAUUUUUAAAAAUAUAUACCUUACAUUUAUUUACUUAAAAAUUGAUAUUAAACAAAAAAUAUUAUACAAAUAAUAAUCAUUUAAAACAUAAAUUAUAAAAUAAGAACAUAAAAAAAAGAAAGAAUGAUGAAAGAAAAAUGAAAGCUUUAUUGGACAGAGAAAUGAAGUGUGUUUUUUGUGAAGUUUUUUAACUCAUUUUUGUAGAGUUGUUUUUUGUCUAGUUGUUAAUAAUAAUAUUGAUAAUAAAUUGAAGUGCUUAGUUGUAGUUAGUAUUCUCAUA